CAAUAGACAGAGAUAAUGACGGUUCUGUUCAGUCGACCAAUGAAACCUUGAGCUGAUGAGUUUGGCAGGAGACGCGGAGCGGAAACUCGACAGUUUGACGCGUGGCGCAGAGGUGGCGAGACCUGUCAGAGUUCAGACAAGGAAGCCGAGAAACGAGGACGUUCAUCGGACACCAUGGACAAGAAUAAAACUAAAUUACAGCUAUUUUUGCCGCAGUUAACGUGAUUUUGUUUGUUUUAAUCCUCCUUAAUCUACUGCGCAAAGUGGAGUCAUGGAGCGCGCGGAGCCAAAACCGCCAUCGAAAUCAAAUCAGGAACCCAUACGAUUCGGGAUCGACCAGAUUCUGGGCUCUUUGGACCAGGAGAGCAGGGUCGGAAACACUGUGGAUAACAGCCGCUUGGGAAGCCCGUCCAGGGCGAGCGUCGCUCCUCAUAUCUCCUUACCCGUCUCUCUGUCCGGAGUCACGGGCACGCUGGAGGACUCCGGGCGGUUGUACGGGGUGAGCGGCACUCUGGUGCCCAGUGGAGUGAUUCGGGUUCCGGCGCACAGACCUCUCGCUGCCGCGGUGCCGCCGACUAUGGUGAGCGCCGCACCGGCGCUGUGUUUCCCCUGGAUGGACAAUAACCGCAGGUUCCCUAAAGACAGACUGCCAGCUCUCAUUCCGUUCACCGUGACCCGGCGGAUCGGUCACCCGUAUCAGAACCGAACUCCCCCCAAACGGAAAAAGCCCCGCACGUCGUUCUCGCGCGUGCAGAUCUGUGAGCUGGAGAAACGCUUCCACCGGCAGAAGUACCUGGCGUCCGCGGAGCGCGCGGCCCUCGCCAAGAGCCUGAAGAUGACCGAUGCGCAGGUCAAGACCUGGUUCCAGAACCGACGGACCAAGUGGAGAAGGCAAACAGCUGAGGAAAGAGAGGCGGGACGUCAGCAAGCCAAUCGGAUGCUGCUUCAGCUUCAGGCCGACGCCCUCCAGAAGUCCAUGGGCGAAUCAGUGUCGUCGGAUCCUCUAUGUGUGCAUAACUCCUCCCUCUAUGCCCUCCAGAACCUCCAGCCUUGGGCCCAGGAGAGACCGGGUAAAAUGGCCCCAACAACCACCGCACUGGCUUAAAAUCUCUGCCAUGAAGCUGGAUCAGGACAGGGGAGCUUCAAACUGUCCUGCACUUUCACAAUGGAAAGACUAAAACCGUCAUAUCUGAAUAUGAAUCAGGCUUUUUGAAAAGUUUUUUUUUCUGAAUCUCGAAGCAUCUAAGCACUUUUUGUGGGAAUAGUGAACUGUGAUGACAUCUGUGAGUUUGUUUUGGACACAAAAACUUUCCAAACUUCAUCCCAUGUAGAUGCUGAGUUGGGAAAAUAGGGUGAACCAUUCACAGAAACUAACUGUCAAUCGACCUGAAUCACAGAACUGUAUAUAUGAACUGUUUAAAUGAUGUCUGUGAGAAAGUCUACAAAAUAUUGUACUUAUCGUAAUUAUUUUGUGCUCUUAUGGUGGCGAUGCAUUACCGACUAAUGUUUGUCAUUGUUGAUGUACUUUCAACCGGAAAUAGCAAUGGUGUGUAAAUACAGUAUAACACUGAACAAUCAGCAUUGAAAAUUUUAUUGUUAAAUAGUUCAUACAACAUUCCAACAAGAGGAUAUUUAAGCUUUCUGUUUCCUCAUCUGUCUGUCUGACUGACCGUCUGUCUCUCCGUCUCCUCUUUUACAGCAUCAUGGAAAUAUAAUCGUUCCUCAGUCAACCCUCUGCUUUAUAGACAGUUUUUUAUAUCACUUUUAGAAACCGCCACUCCGUAUUUGAUUAUUCAGUCCCACUUUGCAGAGUAUAAAAUAUACAUUGUGUGUAAUGAUUCAAAUACAAUAUAUAUUAAACUCAUCAAGGUUUA